UGGGCGCGCCUCUCGCUCGUCAGUCGAGGGAGGAUUUUUUUUGCGGCUUUUUGGAGGAAGCGCGGCCACCCCCCACCCCCUAACCGAGACAUUUACAGCCGCCGCCGCCAUCCACCACCACCACCACCAACCCUCUAAGCCGCUGCCGCCGCCUUACCCCCCUGCCGCCUCUCUUGUGCCGCCGACGUUCUUCGGCUUUCGUUUAACACGCAGUAAAUACAUUCAUUCAUAUGUCGUUCCUCUAAAGUCGCCAGGCGCUUUCUUAUUUGCCCCCCACCCCCCCAACCUUUUUGCUGUUUAAAUUUUUUUCACGAACGCACACGCGGGCGGGCGGGCGGGCGCGCACGUGGCAUCGCUCAGAGCAGAGAGAAGAAGAAGGAGGAGCAGGGGGGGGCUGUCGCGCUCGGCGCUUAACAGGGGGGGGGGCAGUUUUUUUUGGGUUUGUAAAUUAAAUUUCUUUAAAUAAUAUAUAUUCUUUGAAAAAAAUUAAAUCUCAUAUCUCUGCGUUGGUGACGAAGUGCCCCCCCUCCCCCCCCCUGCACGGCGUAACGAUGUCAGUCAUUUCUCUUCAAGAAUACGAGUUCGAAAGGGUCUUCAAUGAAGCGGAGGCUAUUGAAUGGAUGCAGGACAACUGGCGGAAGGCUUUCCUCUUCUCCAUCGCGUACCUGGUGCUCAUCUUCUGGGGGCAGCAUGCCAUGAAGCAGCGGCCCAAGUUUGAGCUCCGGAAGCCGCUCAUGCUGUGGUCCUUGAGCUUGGCGCUGUUCAGCAUCAUCGGCGCCGUGCGAACCGGCGCGUACAUGUGGUACAUCCUCUCCACCAACGGCCUGCAGCAGUCUGUGUGCGACCAGAGCUUCUACAACGGGCCCGUCAGCAAGUUCUGGGCCUACGCUUUCGUGCUGAGCAAGGCCCCCGAGCUAGGAGACACCAUCUUCAUCGUGCUGCGCAAGCAGAAGCUGAUCUUCCUGCACUGGUACCACCACGUGACGGUGCUGCUCUACUCCUGGUACUCCUACAAGGACAUGGUGGCCGGCGGCGGCUGGUUCAUGACGGUCAACUACGGGGUGCACGCCGUCAUGUACUCGUACUACGCGAUGCGCGCCGCCGGCAUGCGAGUGCCGCGCCUGCUCGCCAUGCUCAUCACGACCACGCAGAUCGGGCAGAUGGUGCUCGGCUGCUUCGUCAACGUGCUCGUCUACCGCUGGAUGCGCCAGGGCCAGUGCUCCUCCUACGUGGAGAACAUCGUGUGGUCCUCGCUCAUGUACUUCAGCUACCUGCUACUCUUCUGCCACUUCUUCUACGACGCCUACCUCAGGCCGCAGAGGAGAAGCCUCAAGAUGGAGUGAGCGCGUCCCGCCACGCACCCCCCCCCCCCCCCCCCCCCCCCCCCCCCGCCACACCAAGGGAGAGACGGACGGAGGGAGGGGGAUUUUAGUUGAGGCGACUUGGUGAGUCGUUGAGGUCUGUGAGGAGAGAGGUGUGUUGCCUUCCCAUGCCCCCCCUGGGUGUCGUGAUCCUGCCCGCUUGCUGGUUUGGCCACUCGCCCCACCGGCUCACCUGCCCCCACACCUUACACCGCCCCCGCCCAUUCUCCCUCCCGUUCGUCCGUCCAUCCCAGGCCAGCCUCCCUUACCCCUCCCCUCUCAUCCUUCCGGAUUGGCAUUUUCCUGAAAUAUUCUCCGGCACCUGGGACGACCGGACGCGUCCAUCCUGAGGUUUAAAACGGACACUAAGCGGAGCAAAAGUCUUCUUCCUAUCUCACCAGACGGUUUUACUCACACACAACGCUUGUAGGACAUAAUGUACUGUGAAGAGAAGCAAAUUUUAAAAUGAUAUAUAGUUGUUUUGGCGUGUUUGUUGCCAAUUCAUCGUGAUUUUUUUCGUGUUCUGUUUAUUUAAUUGGAUAAUCAAACGCAUUCCGAUCGUUUCCUCUUAUACGUCACCAAUUCAACCCCCCACCCACCCCCCCCCCCCACCGGCCCCAUUAAACUGCUCGUGCCGAUUCCCCCCACCCCGUGUUGAGCCGCGUCGCCUAAAUCUGGCAGUGAGGCUGUGGGCCAGACCCCCCCCCACCGAGCACGCUCGAGCCUCCACCUCGAGCGUGUGUGCUCCGUCCGUGCUCGGCGCGUGAGAAGGAGUUUGUGUUGUAUACUGACCGACUUGGCCAAGCCCCACGUGGCCAGUGCAUGGAAGAGGGAGGGAGGAGGUGGGGGCGGUGGCGGGCCCUGCACAUGCCUCUAGGAAUGGCGCGCGGCUCGGGGACAGUCUAAAUGCUCUGACGUGGUACGAACCCAACGCUUGACUUGUUAAUGAAUCUAUCCCCCCCCCACCCCCCACCUCAGUCCCAUGUGCUGAUCACGUGUGAUAAUAGAUUCAAUGCAAUGAUGUUCGGUUUACCCGUUGUUGACUGUCCACGCAAGUCCGUUGGCGCUCCUUCCCAAACCGUUUUGACUGCUCCGAGUGCACGCGUUCGUCACAAGACGAGAGAGCCCGCUUACCUUGAGGUGACGGGUGGCUUUUGUGAACCUGGUCCAGACCUCCUCGCCUAGGUCAACUCGACCUAAAAUGAACACCUGUUCGUGAUUUGGCCCCACCGUGCCCCCCGCCCAUCUAUCCCCUCUUGUGCGACGCGCUGGCCUUGAUAGGUUAUUGCUCGCAGCACGUGCCUGAUACAAACACCCCCCCCCCCCCCAUAGCCUUAACAGACUGGCAGGGCAAGUGUUAGGCAAGCAACUAUGAAGGCCGGCACGGCACACGAGGGGGUGGGCGGCCAGCACCACGCCCGGCCGCGCCUAUGUCUUCCUCUUAGAGAUGUUUACAAACCACACGAGGUACUCAUUUGAGGCAGUCUACCUAGGGGGAGACCCGUGACCAGUUCAGAUAAUCGUUGCUGGUUGGUGUUGGCUGUUGGUGGGAAUCAAACUCUGGUUGCCGGGUUUGUAGCGCAACGCGCUAACCGCUAUACUACCGCUCCCCUGUUAUGAUUUGGCCCCACCAUACCCCUCCCUCUACCUAUCCCCUCUUUGUGUAACGUGCUGGCCUUAAAUAGGUUAUCGCUCUGGGCACGUGCCUGAUUUGCACGCGCGCGCACACAUCCACAUCCACACUCACACGUGCAUACCAUGUACAAAGUUUACUGGGGAAAAGACGAAAAGUGCAGAGGGUGCGGCUGUCCCAUCCUUUACAUUUGAGAAGCAGUCGUGGAGCAGUUCGGACGUCUCCUAACCGCGGCUGCGAGACGCCGACAUGGAAUCGAGCGCCCUUCCCUCCCACUGCGUCCGCCGUGGGGCUGAAGCCCCCCCCCCCCCCCCACAACUCCCCUCGCUCUCCGACCGCGACCACUUCGAGCGGAAUUUCCGCACGGGCUCCUCCACCCCUUCCCCAUGCGCCGCCCUCCCGUGAACCCGGACGCUCUCUCAUGAACGACGAUCUCGUUCGUCCAUGCAGCUCACUCACCGUCACGGUGCCGAUUAAGGAACACCGCUGGUGCGCUCGCUCGCUCGGCUGGGGGGGGGGGGGGGUCUGCCCUGCGUCAGGGACGCGGUCAAUUUAUUCCCGUGGUUUUCAAUCCCCUCCCCCCCCCGCCUCGUCUCUGAAUGCUUUAAUGUACCAAAUGUUGAUUCGUCCAAAUGUAUCAUCGGGGGCUCUGUUAUUGAAAUGAGAAAAGAAAAUGUCCUACGUGGUUUUUGGGGGUUUUUUUUUCCUCUGCGGAAUCAUGAAGAUUUGCUUUCGUGGUCUCAACGGUCAAAGUUGCAAUCGCUUCUGCUCGUCCCCUCCCAGCGAGGGUUUACUCGUCCGUGGAUUUGUUUUUUUUUUUUAAACAAACAUCCAUGUUAAAAAAAAAAUAAUGUUAAUAAAAUAAACUUUCUGUUUUACCCCCCCCCCCGCCCGUUCCCCCAAAGGAACCAUUUUUUUUACUUUCCUCGUGCUGACGUUGCAUUUAAUGUCGGGGCUGACGAGCGAUUUUUUUUUUUUGUGA